UUCCCCUGUCGAGCGGUCGACUGCACACGCUUGCACUGGCCGAACCGUCGGCAGUCGUGCCGGCGCCGCCGUCGGCGAUGGACCACGACGAGGACAGAUCGCUGUCCCUCGGGACGGAGGUCUCGGCCUCCGUGCCCCCGCCGAGCCCUCUAACGGGAUGCUACCUGCUCGCCGUCAUCGGGGAGCCCCACACUCACGAGCACAAGGAGAUUAUCCUGCAGCGCUUAGUUAAAGGACUGCUAUCAUGGGACGCUGGAGAGCACCAGGUCGAUUUGGAGAAGGAACUUGCUACCCUUACGGCACAGGCACCGGAAGGGGAGGAAGCUCGCUAUGGAGAGAGGCUGAUCCAGUUCGCCUCGGAGAACCUGGUGACGGAGAUCCUGAUCCACCCGCAGAUGAACACGCUGAUGCAGUGCAUGCGGAACCUGCUCAGCUCGUUCACGAGGCACAGGCACCUCGUGCACGCUGGAUACACCUUCGCCGGAAACGGCUCCUGGAUCAUGCAAGACGGGACCUUCUCCCUGGCAGACUUCACAGACGCAUACCAAGAGAACGAGGUCCAACGCGUUAUUCGCGCAUACGAGAACUCCAUCUCGAUCGAUGUCCACUGCUCUACCAGCGGCGGGGGCGAGUGGGGCAGGCUCCCCGAGAUGCCCUUCGUCAAAUACUGCAAAAUCAGGGUCAACCCUACUGAUAAACUGGACCCUAGCUCUCAGGCCAUCAAGGAUUUUAUCUCAUAUCUGAACCCGUACGUGGUUCCGGCUAGCUUGGAGCAACUCCUGGUUUCAAGCGACGUGGUCGGCAACAUCAGGUUCAGCCACCCGACGCUGUACGUGUUCCCGGGGGGUCAAGGAGACGCCGCAUUGUUCGGCAUUAACGGAUUUAAUAUGCUUGUUGAUGGCGGUUUCUCCCGCAAGGCUUGCUGGUGGGACUUCGCCCGUCACCUCGAUCGCCUCGACGCGGUCCUAUUCACAAGACUCAACAACUGCUCCGCCUCGGGAAUGUCGUCCGUGCUGCGCAGGAAGGCCACUGCUAAUGUUUACCCUCAAAUCGGACAUUUCUUCUGUAACUUAGAGGAACGUCGAGCUCUUACGAGCCCUGAUGGUGACAAGGACGCGGAUCCCUUGCUGGUGUCCCUGCUCCAGGAGGGCUCGGACAUGAUGACAGACCUGCGCCACAUCAACCUGAAGCCCCAACAAUGCUACAGAAGCCCCGACCCCAUCAAUCUUUACCACAAAGUCGGACAUGGUACCCUCGACAUGUACGUCCUGAAUCCGUCCAAAGACUCUAAGCACGUUCGUGAAUUCCUAAAGAAAUGGCAUGGCAGCGAUCAGAAGCUCUUCGAAGGAGCAAACAUUUCUGGUCAAUUCAACUUUCCCAUACCAAACUUGGUAUCGAUUUGCGCUCUAUUAGUUUGGCGACCAGCUAACCCCGACGAUACCAUAACAAGAAUCAUGUUCCCUGGGUCAACGCCCCAACAUAAAAUAUUUGAAGGCCUGGAAAAAUUAAAGCAUUUGGAGUUUCUUCAACAUCCGACGUGCACGGGAAGACAAAUGACGCCGGCACUUCUACCACCUGCUUCAGUUUCAUCAACAGCCUCAACACUAACCGCGACGAAAACUUCCAAAAUAAUUUCAAGGGUGGGUAAAGAACGAAAUAUUAUCACUGAAAAAUUGAAAGAAGAAAAACAUGAAAUAGAGUCACUAAAAGACAAAGAUCUCCUCAAAGAUCAAACAGAUUCUAAAAAUAUUAUAGAUAACAAACUGCUUAGUGAAUUAGCCGAACACGAUGAUAAAAAAAUAGAAUCAGUUCUUCAUGACGCUAUAACAGCGAGGCUGGAAACUAAAAUUGAUGAAAAGGUGUCCGAAUACGAAACCACGAUGACAGAUGAAGUACACAAAAAGAAAGAUAUCAAAAAGGACAUCAAAAAGGUUGUUGAUAAAAAAAUGAAACGUACUGAUAAAACCGAUGAAGUGAAAGAGACAUCAAUUAAAGCUACUGAAAUAAAAAAGGCCGAUGCCGAAAUAAAAGCUAAAACUGAAACAAAAAAGAAGACGGAAACUAGGAGCAAAAAUGAAAUGGCAACUGCUACGAGUAGAAGUAAAAUAAGUCAUCGCACUACUAAAACUAUUGAAAAAAAGACUACAGCCAGUACGACAGCAGAUAAAAAAAUUACUAUGGAUGAAAAGCGAUCACCUGUGACUACGCCUAAAAAGACAGUUGAAACUAAAACAAUAGCAACAGCACAAUCUGCUAUUAGAGAUAAAAUUAAAACGAAGACUAGAAAAUUGAGUCCUGGUAGUACACCCGCUAAAAGUGCCAAAGAAGCGAGUAAUCGCAGAGUGGCCGAAUCUAAAUACAAACAGGCUUCGCCAAAACGUGACGCUCCUCAAAAAUCUAAUGACAAAAAGGAAUCCAAGCCAAAACGCGAACCGAUUUCAAGGAGACCAAGACCAAUAGCAUCACCCGUUAAAGGGGUCAAAGCAAUAAAGAGCCCCUCGAAAUCGGUUAAGUCUAUUAAAGCUGAUUCAUCUAAACUAAAAGGCCUCCAAAGAGUAAAUUAUGAAGAUAUCCUAAAAGAUGCAAAGAAAUCCGACGAAGAAACCUCUAAGUCUCUUGAUGACAUCAAACAACAAGAGUUUGACGAAAGAGAAGAACAAGAGAUUGUGAGAGAAAUUGAAGCAGUUUUUAACAGAGACAGUGAGGCUGAGGAGAAAGUAGAGUUUGUUGGGAGAUCAGAUAUCGAAAAGAUAACUUGUUUACUCGAUAAUACAAAAACUGAAACGACUGCCGACGGUGAAUUUGAAGAAGAAUAUCUGAUUAUAGAAAAAGAAGAAGUUCCACAGUAUCCUUCUGAACCUGAAAUCGAACGUGAAAGUAGUCAUAAACAAGAAGAUGAACUACUUAAGCAUCUUAAGGACAAAGAAGAAUCAGAAAAGAAAAAAGAUGAUGUAUCUGGCCUUCAAGUAGCUAAACCUGAAGAAGAACAUCUUAAAGGUGAAAUUAAUUUAGAAAUCGAAGCUAAACAAGCGGAAUCUAAGGAACACUCCAUCAGUGUAGAAGAAAAACAGGACAUUAGCAGUGAAAAGAAAACGUCAGAUAGUAAAAGCGGUCCUGUUAAGCCUAAGGACUCACUCGAGCUGGUGCCAGAAUCACAUCCCGAUGAAAAAAUUUCUACAACAGUUGAAUCAGGAGCAACUACUGCACCAACUUUACCAGAAGAUGAACGAAUCACACUUGACGAUAUUAAAGAAGAUCAUCGAGUAGAAGAAAAGCACGUACAAGAAGAAACAAAGGAAUUUGUACCACCACAAACAUUAAUAAACAUUCCGGAGCCUUUGACGAAAGAGAUGAACUUGAAAGGUGAGGUACAGUCAGUACCUAUCAGAGAGAUCGUUAAGACUCCUGAUGAGGUGGCAGAUCUACCUCUUCAUGAAGAGGUAGAUUACCAAACGUUUGAAGAAAAAAAGACACCUAUCGAAGAUGAUAUUUACAAACAAAAGCCCGGGCGAUUUGUUUCUGAAACGAAGGUUCCAAAAGAUCUACCAAUUCCCGACAAAGAUACUCCAAUUCUUUACAAAGUUAUGAAAACAAUCGAAGACGACGUUAUAAUCAAAACUGUUGUAAAACCCUCGCAUGCUGAAAUUGUAACUGUGACUCCUGGUUCAGCCCCAGACUCACCAAUAUACCAACAGAUGAAACUGUCUUUAACACCUAGUAAAGAUCUUCAGCCAGUUAAGGAAUAUAGCGGAGAGUAUGAGUAUGGGCAAUAUACCGAGAAAUUAAGAGAAACUCAUAUCACCACUCUAGAUUCACCGAUAAAUGACGAUGUUAUAGUUAUUGAAGAAAUCCCUCACAUGCCUGAGAAGAUACCAUCAAUUCCUGAAGAUGUUGAGAAAGAAAUAGAAGAAGCUCAAAAGCUGGAAAUGGCUGAUAAACCUCCGCUUAGUCCAAAAGAUGUAGAGAAAAUUGUAGCUGACGUCGCUGAGGUUUUAAAAUCGGAAAAAAGUCUCGAAGAAAUCAUGGCUGGAAAAUCCCCAACAAUGAUCAGGAAAUCACCGGAGGUCCACUAUAAAAUUGAUGAAACGAUAGCUAAUACUGAAACAAUGACAGAAAUGCUUUUGUCGUCUGAAAAACAAGUAACAAAUAAUUUGAUACAGGAAAUAAAAAAAUCGAAAAUUGAAACAACCAGUGAAAUAAGUCCUGAUAUAGCAUGUAAAGAAGUAUCACCUAUAAGGUCUUUAACAUCUGAAGAAGUAAGUGAUGUUUCAGAUAAAACUGUUUUCAGCGAAACAAACAAAGUGAAAAAUGAUUCACCUUUACUAUUAGAGAAGGUAAAGGAUGAUAAAACCAAAACUACAAUGAAAAAGGAAUUCUUGUUAGAAGAAACAGAAAAAAUAAUUGAAAAACCACAAGAUAUGUUGAAAAAUCAAGUAGGUAACGAAUUGGUUCAGAUUGAAAACAAACAAGACAAAUUUGAUAGUGAUCUAGAGAUAAUGGAGUCACAGUCAAAACUUAGCACAACUUUACAAUCUGCCAAGACUUUAGAAAAGCUAGACGAAAAGCUAGCAAAUCUAAAAAGCAGAGAGGAAAUGCCAACACCUAAAGCAGAAGCCAAAGAGGAAAAAGCUGCUAAAAUAAUCGUUUUAACUAAAAUCAAAGAAUCCCAACAGAUAGUUGAUACUGAUAUUCAAGAAUUCGACGCGUCUCAGUUAGGUACAAUCGUGGUAGAUGACAAAACGGAAAGCCACUUAGAUAAAAAGGCAAUAAGCUCAGUCAAGCCUGGCAUGAAGACACCAAGCCCUAACAAAGAUGAUGAGGGCACACCAAUGUCCAUUAAAGAGGGUGAGAAGGUGCCGAGCUCAAUCAAAGAAUUUGAAAAAGUACCAAUUUCUAUCAAAGAUGACACCAAGGUACCAAACCUUAUCAAAGACGAUGAGAAGGCACCAAGUCCUAUAAAGAUUGAAGAGAAGGCGCCAAGCUCAAUCAAAAAUGAAGAGAAGAAACCAGUUCCUAUCAUAGAUGUAGAAAAGGCGCUGAGCCCAAUCACAGAUGAUGAAAAGGCGCCAGUUGCUAUCAAAGAUGAAGAAAAGGCGUCAAGCCCAAUCGAAGAUGCUGAGAAAGAGCCAAUGCACAUCACAGGUGAUCAGAAGGCACCGAGUCCUAUUAAGGUUGGCGAGAAGGUGCUGAGCCCUGUCAAAGACGAUGAGAAGGCGCCUAGCCCAAUCAAAAAAGACGAGAAGGCGCCAAGUCCUAUCAAAGAAGACAAGAAGGCGCCAAGCCCUAUCAAGGAAGAUGGGAAGGUACCAAGCUCUGCUAAAGAUAUGGAGACCACUCCAAUAUCCAUCAAUGAAGACGAGAAGGUGUCGAGCCCAAGAAAAGAUGAUGAAAAGGUACCAAUUGCUAUCAAAGGUGACGAGAAGUCACCGAGUUUUACAAAGGAUGACGAGAAGGCGCCAAGCGCUUUCAAAGAUGACGAACAGGUAGCAGUUUCUAUCAAAGAUAGCACCAAAGCGCCAAGCCCUAUCAAAGACGCUGAAAAGAGACCAGCUCUAAUCGAAGACGAAAAAAAGGCGUCAAGCCCAUUCGAAACUCUUGAGAAAGACGAUAUGCCCAUCAAAGAGGAUGAGAAGGUGUCAGUUCCUACCAAAGAUGAUCGGAAGGCAACAAGUCUUACCGAAGAAGUUGAGAAAGCUCCAAAACCAAUAGAUCUUGAUGAAAAAGUAACAAGCUUAACUCACCUUGAUGACAUCAAAACUCUGUCAUUUGAUCAAACAGAAGAAGAAAGUACAAUGAAGAAAUUGGUUGAAAGUAGUUUUACAAGUGCCGUAACAACCACUACUUCAGAGGACGUAAUUACACAUAAAGACCUGGUUUCGACGUUUUUGGAUAUGGAACGACAACAGAUCAGCAGUACAAAAACAACCCCAUCUAGUCAACUUGAACAGAUAAUACCAAGCUAUACCGAAAUUAAAGAGAAGAAACCGGUGCCAAUCAAAGAUGAUCUGAAGGAAACGAGUCCUAUCAAGGACGAUAAGAGCAUCCCAAUACCCAUUGAACAAGAUGAGAAAGCGCCAAGCCCAAUCAAGGAAGACGAAAGGGCGCUAAGCUCUAUCGAAGUUGUUGAGAAAGAACCAAUGCACAUCACAGGUGAUCAAAAGGCACCGAGUCCCCUUAAAGUUGGUGAGAAGGCUCUCAGCCCUGUCAAGGACGAUGAAAAGGCACCAAGCCCAAUCAAAGAUGAUGAAAAAGUGCCAAGCCCAAUCAAAGAAGAUGAGAAGGCACCAAGUCCUAUUAAACAAGAAGAGAAGGCGCCGAGCCCUGUCAAGGACGACGAGAAGGCACCAAGCCCAAUCAAAGAUGAUGAAAAAGCGCCAAGCCCUGUCAAGGACGAUGAGAAGGCACCAAGCCCUGUCAAGGACGAUGAGAAGGCACCAAGCCUAAUCAAAGAAGAUAAGAAGGCGCCGAGCCCUGUCAAGGACGUUGAGAAGAUAUCAAGUCCAAUCAAAGAUGACGAGAAGGCGCCGAGCCCUGUCAAGGACGAUGAGAAGGCACCAAGCCUAAUCAAAGAAGAUGAGAAGACGCCGAGCUCAUUCAAAGACGAUGAGAAGGCACCAAGCCUAAUCAAAGAAGAUGAGAAGGCGCCGAGCCCUGUCAAGGACGUUGAGAAGACAACAAGUCCAAUAAAAGAUGACGAGAAGGCGCCGAGCCCUGUCAAGGACGAUGAGAAGGCACCAAGCCUAAUCAAAGAAGAUAAGAAGGCGCCGAGCCCUGUCAAGGACGUUGAGAAGGUAUCAAGUCCAAUCAAAGAUGACGAGAAGGCGCCGAGCUCUGUCAAGGACGAUGAGAAGAUAUCAAGUCCAAUCAAAGAUGACGAGAAGGCGCCGAGCCCUGUCAAGGACGAUGAGAAGGCACCAAGCCUAAUCAAAGAAGAUAAGAAGGCGCCGAGCCCUGUCAAGGACGUUGAGAAGAUAUCAAGUCCAAUCAAAGAUGACGAGAAGGCGCCGAGCCCUGUCAAGGACGAUGAGAAGGCACCAAGCCUAAUCAAAGAAGAUAAGAAGGCGCCGAGCCCUGUCAAGGACGUUGAGAAGAUAUCAAGUCCAAUCAAAGAUGACGAGAAGGCGCCGAGCCCUGUCAAGGACGAUGAGAAGGCACCAAGCCUAAUCAAAGAAGAUAAGAAGGCGCCGAGCCCUGUCAAGGACGUUGAGAAGAUAUCAAGUCCAAUCAAAGAUGACGAGAAGGCGCCGAGCCCUGUCAAGGACGAUGAGAAGGCACCAAGCCUAAUCAAAGAAGAUAAGAAGGCGCCGAGCCCUGUCAAGGACGUUGAGAAGAUAUCAAGUCCAAUCAAAGAUGACGAGAAGGCGCCGAGCCCUGUCAAGGACGAUGAGAAGGCACCAAGCCCAAUCAAAGAUGACGAGAAGGCGCCGAGCCCUGUCAAGGACGAUGAGAAGGCACCAAGCCUAAUCAAAGAAGAUGAGAAGGCGCCGAGCCCUGUCAAGGACGUUGAGAAGAUAUCAAGUCCAAUCAAAGAUGACGAGAAGGCGCCGAGCCCUGUCAAGGACGAUGAGAAGGCACCAAGCCCAAUCAAAGAAGAUGAGAAGGCACCAAGUCCUAUUAAACAAGAUGAGAAGGCGCCGAGCCCCGUCAAGGACGACGAGAAGGCACCUAGCCCUAUCGAAGUUGUUGAGGAAGAACCAAUGCACAUCACAGGUGAUCAGAAGGCACCAAGCCCAAUCAAAGAUGACGUGAAGGCGCCGAGCCCUGUCAAGGACGAUGAGAAGACACCAAGACAAACCAAAGAUAACGAGAAGGCGCCGAGCCCAAUCAAAGAAGACGAUAAGGCGCCAAGCCCAAUCAAAGAAGAUGAGAAGGCACCAAGUCCUAUUAAACAAGAUCAGAAGGCGCUGAGCCCCGUCAAGGACGACGAGAAGGCACCUAGCCCAAUCGAAGUUGUUGAGGAAGAACCAAUGCACAUCACAGGUGAUCAGAAGGCACCAAGCCCAAUCAAAGAUGAUGAGAAGGCGCCGAGCCCUGUCAAGGACGAUGAGAAGGCACCAAGCCCAAUUAAAGAAGAUGAGAAGGCGCCAAGCCCUAUCGAAGUUGUUGAGGAAGAACCAAUGCUCAUCACAGAUGAUCAGAAGGCACCAAGCCCAAUCAAAGAUGUUGAGAAGGCGCCGAGCCCUGUCAAGGACGAUGAGAAGGCGCCGAGCCCAAUCAAAGAAGACGAUAAGGCGCCAAGCCCAAUCAAAGAAGAUGAGAAGGCACCAAGUCCUAUUAAACAAGAUCAGAAGGCGCUGAGCCACGUCAAGGACGACGAGAAGGCACCUAGCCCAAUCGAAGUUGUUGAGGAAGAACCAAUGCACAUCACAGGUGAUCAGAAGGCACCAAGCCCAAUCAAAGAUGUUCUGAAGGCGCCGAGCCCUGUCAAGGACGAUGAGAAGGCACCAAGACCAAUCAAAGAAGAUGAGAAGGCACCAAGUCCUAUUAAACAAGAUGAGAAGGCGUCGAGCCCCGUCAAGGACGACGAGAAGGCACCUAGCCCAAUCAAAGAUGAUGAAAAAGCGCCAAGCCCUAUCAAGGACGUUGAGAAGGCACCAAGCCCAAUCAAAGAUGACGAGAAGGCGCCAAGCCCUAUCAAGGACGAUGAGAAGGCACCAAGUCCUAUUAAAGAAGAUGAGAAGGCGCCAAGCCCAAUCAAAGAAGAUGAGAAGGCGCCGAGCCCUGUCAAGGACGUUGAGAAGGCACCAAGCCCAAUUAAAGAAGAUGAGAAGGCGCCAAGCCCUAUCGAAGUUGUUGAGGAAGAACCAAUGCUCAUCACAGAUGAUCAGAAGGCACCAAGCCCAAUCAAAGAUGUUGAGAAGGCGCCGAGCCCUGUCAAGGACGAUGAGAAGGCGCCGAGCCCAAUCAAAGGAGACGAUAAGACGCCAAGCCCAAUCAAAGAAGAUGAGAAGGCACCAAGUCCUAUUAAACAAGAUCAGAAGGCGCUGAGCCACGUCAAGGACGACGAGAAGGCACCUAGCCCAAUCGAAGUUGUUGAGGAAGAACUAAUGCACAUCACAGGUGAUCAGAAGGCACCAAGCCCAAUCAAAGAUGUUCUGAAGGCGCCAAGCCCUGUCAAGGACGAUGAGAAGGCACCAAGCCUAAUCAAAGAUGUUGAGAAGGCACCAAGCCCAAUCAAAGAAGAUGAGAAGGCGUCAAGCCCAAUCAAAAAAGACGAGAAGGCACCAAGUCCUAUUAAACAAGAUGAGAAGGCGCCGAGCCCCGUCAAGGACGACGAGAAGGCACCAAGCCUAAUCAAAGAAGAUGAGAAGGCACCGAGUCCUGUCAAGGACGUUGAGAAGGCACCAAGCCCAAUCAAAGAAGAUGAGAAGGCGCCAAGUCCUAUUAAACAAGAUAAGAAGGCGCCGAGCUCUAUCAAGGAUGAUGAGAAGGCACCAAGCCUAAUCAAAGAAGAUGAGAAGGCGCCGAGUCCUGUCGAGGACGUUGAGAAGGCAUCAAGCCCAAUCAAAGAUGACGAGAAGGCGCCGAGCCCUGUCAAGGACGACGAGAAGGCAUCAAGCCCAAUCAAAGAAUAUAAGGAAGCGCCGAGCCCUGUCCAGGACGAUGAGAAAGUACCAGCUCGUAUCGAAGAAGAUGACAAAGCACCGAGCCUAAUCGAUACUGUUGAGAAAGAACCAAAAUCAAUUUAUCUUGAUAAGAAAGAUACAAGCCUGGGUCACUUUGAUGCCAUCAAAAUUCAGUCAUUUGAUCAAACAGAAGAAGAGAGUACAAUGAAGAAAUUGGUUGAAAGUAAUUUUACAAGUGCCGUAACAACCGCUACUUCAGAGGACGUUAUUACACAUAAAGACCUGGUUUCGACGUUUUUGGAUAUGGAACGACAACUCAUCAGCAGUACAAAAACAACUGUAUUUAGUCAACUUGAACAGAUAAUACCAAGCUCUACUGAUAUUAAGGACAAGGAACAAGUGCCUAUCAACGAUGUUCUGAAGGAACCGAGUCACAUCAAGGACGAUGAGAAGGCACCAAGCCUAAUCAAAGAAGAGGAGAAGGCAUCGAGCCUUAUCAUAGGCGAAGACAAAGUACCAAGCCCAAUCAAAAAAGACGAGAAGGUGCCAAGCGCAAUCAAAGAUGUUGAAAAGGUACCAAUUUCUAUCAAAGACAAAGGAAAGUCGUCAAGCCCAAUCGAAGUUGUUGAGAAAGAACCAAUGCACAUCACAAGUGAUCAGAAGGCACCAAGUCCUUUCAAGGUUGACGAGAAGGCGCCAAGCCCAAUCAAAGAUGAUAAGGCACCAGUAUAUAUAAAAGAUGAUACCGAGGCGCCAAGCCCCAUUAAAGAUGAACAGAAACCACUAGUCUCUGCCAAAGACGAUGAGAGCGCACCUGUUUCUGUCGAGAAAGCCGAGAAGGCACCGAGCCCUGCAAAAGAUGAGGAGAAGGCACCAAGUCCUAUCAAGGUUGACGAGAAGGCUCCAAGCCCUGUCAAAGAUGAUGAAAAGGUAACAGUUUCUAUCAAAGACAAAGCAAAAGCGCCAAGCCCGAUCGAAGUUAUUGAAAAAGAGCCAAUGACCAUUAAAUUGGAUGAGAAGGUGCCGAGCUCUAUCAAAGGUGAUGACAGGGUGCCAGUUUCUAUCAAAGACAAAGCAAAAGCGCCAAGCCCGAUCAAAGUUGUUGAAAAAGAGCCAAUGACCAUCAAAACGGACGAGAAGGUUGCGAGCUCUAUCAAAGGUGAUGAAACGGUGCCAGUUUUUACCAAAGACGAAGAAAAGGUGACAAGCCAAAUCGAAGUUGUUGAAAAAGAGUCAAUGCCCAUCAAAAUCGAUGAGAAGGUGCCUAGCCCUAUAAAAGACGACGAGAAGGCGCCAAGCCCUAUCAAGGUUAACGAGAAGGCUCCGAGCCCUGUCAAAGAUGAUGAAAAGGUACCAGUUUCUAUUAAAGACAAAGCAAAAGCGCCAAGCCCGAUCGAAGUUGUUGAAAAAGAGCCAAUGCCGAUCAAAACGGAUGAGAAGACGCCGAUAGAUGACACCAUGGUGCCAAGUCCCAUCAAAGAUGAACAGAAGCCACCAAGCCCUGUCAAAGGCGAUGAGAGCGCACCUGUUUCUAUCGAGAAGGCACCGAGCCCUGCAAAAUUUGAUGAAAAAGUACCAGUUUCUAUCAAAGACGAAGAAAAGACACCAAGCCCAAUUGAAGUUGUUGAGAUAGAACUAAAGCCCAUCAAAAAGGAUGAGAGGGUGCGAAGCCCUGUCAAGGUUGAUGAGAAGGCACGAAGCUUUAUCAAAGACUAUGAGAGCGCACAGGUUUCUACUAAAGAUGAUGAUAGGGUACCAAUGACUAUCAAAGAUGAUGAAAAGACACCAAGCCCUAUCAAAAGUGAUGAGAAAGCAUCGAGUCCUAUCAAAGGUGAUGAAAAGGAACGAAUGCCCAUCAAAGAGGAUGAAAAAACACUAAGCCCAACUGAACUAGUCAUAAAAGUGCCUACGCAAACCAAUGAUGUUGGCAAAGCUACAAUUCCUAUAAAAGAUGCUGAGAAGACACCAGUGCAAAUUAAAAAUGUGGACAAGUUACAUAGCUCUACCGGAGAUGAGGAGAAGAAACCAACUCCUCUCAAAGAUCAGGUGAACGAGCCACUCCCACUGCCUGUGAAGUCAGAUAAGCAUCUACUAAAACAAAUCAAUGAGAAGAUCGUUGCUUCUGAAGAGCUUCCUGAAAAUACACAAAGCCUACUCUACGAACAAAAGUCUGAAACAAAAACAAAACCAUUAGUUUCAAAUAAGCAAACGUCCCAUGGAAGAGAUGGAAGUGAAACAUGUUACAAAGAGAAUGGCUUCGCUUUGCACGAUGAUACACCAACGUUUGUUGAAGAAUCAACGAAGUUGGACCUGUCUUUGAUGAAACUAGAUUUCGGUCCAGAUAAAAUUGUAUCUAAGGAAAAGACGACAUCAAAAUCAACCAACGACAUCAAAUCUGAUGUCACUGCGGCUAAGGAUAAAACAAGUGUGGAAAAGUCAUCUGAGCACCUAGAUGCUACGAAAAAAGGGUCUGCUUCAGAAUUAGAGCUAUUAAAGGACAAUACGACUUCUGAAAAUGAUUCCUUAACUCAAUUUUCUGACAUGAAACGAAAAACAACCGAUACAAUACAAAAAAUUAGCUUUACCGCAUUUGAAAAAACGUCAUCGCUACAAGAAGGUGAAAAGUCUAUGAGUGCUGAUAAAAUUGAACUUCUCACUGAAGCAGCAGAAAAAACAGCUUCACUUAAAUUGAAAGAUUCUAUUGAACUAAGUUCCAAAGAGGCAUUGACGAAAUCGGUUUCGACUGACUCAGAAAAAUGUCAAGACAAAGAAAUUCAUAAGAUUGAAACUGAAAUAUUCUAUGAGAAACCAGCUUAUUAUCAUUCAACUGGAGAUGAAGUCACAAACAAAAUAACAAAUGGUACACAAAAAAAAGUUACCACCAUCGAUGAUUUCUCUUUACCUAUUCUACAGUCUGAAGUAUCUCUCAGCAAUGUUCCCGCAGAAGAACGUGAUCAAGAGAGAGAAAGGCAGGCCGAUGGAGUGAACGAUAAAGAAUUGGCUCCAAAAGAACUGAAGAUUAUUUCUAGGUUGGAAAUUGAUUCAGAAAAACAAGACGACAAGGUAAAAGGCAUUGAAGAAAUUUGUGUUCAUGCAACAGAAUCAGAACUAGAUAUUAUGCGAAAUUAUAAUGAGGAGGAUUCUAAUUUUAGUAAAAAAACAAUCACAAAAAAGAAGGUCCCAGUUCAAUUAAGCGAACAGAUAGAGAUAGUGGGAAAAGAUAAAAUCCUGCCAGAAUUCGAUGAAUCAAACCAACUUCCAAAACCAGUAAAAAUUAUUGAUAAAAAAGAAAAAACAAUUGCAAAAAGCACAUUAGAUAUCAUUUCUGACCCACUUGAUGUAAAGCAAGUACGUUUAGAAAAAGAUAUUUCUAGUUCCGAUUCAUGUUUCGUCGAUGGUGUGAAACAAAAAGUAAAUAAAAUUGAUGAAACAGAUAUUAAGCAAGUGGAUCUUGAAAACCUCGAAAAGGCUGUUAGCUCUGACACGACGGACAAAAUUGUUCCCAGUUCCACGGAUAGUAAAGGAAAAGCACCCGAAAAAUCUGAUGAUAAAUUACCAAGUUCAAUAAUAUCCGACCCGAAGGAGCCAAGUCCCAACAAGUUUGAUUCGGUGGUACUAAGCGCAGAUAAGCCUGAUAAGGAAACACCUAGCUUAGAGAAACCUGAUCAAAAAGCAUCUAAGCCAGAACAAUCAAUACCCGAUGGCCAGAAAUAUAGCCAUGAUAAAGCUCCGCAAAAGGAAGCAACAGUGAAGGAUUUGACAUAUGAAGAACAAGGUGUUGACGAAUCACUAACUGAAUCUAAAGUAACCACGAUCAAAAAAUUAGUUAAAGAAAGACCACUUCUGUCCGAAACAGAAUCCACACAAAAGGUACAAGACUGUCACACUUCAAAUGUAUUGGUACGUGAGGGUAGUUCCGAGGAUGUUUCUAAGGAUAUUAGUCUGGAAGAAAAACAUAGCUUUGAAACUAGUGAAAAAAAGACUGUUAAGCUUGAUGCUGAUUCACUUCUUAUGGAAAGCAGUAGUACUGUUUUAGAUUCUGUUCAACACACUCAAGAAACAGAGUCGUUCACAUUAUUCCCAGAAUCAAAAUCUAAAUAUGAAAGCAAAAUAUUAACAAGGACUGAACUCGGGUCUUCAAAGGAAGAAAUUGCAUUUUCAGAGACAUCUGAUUCUGGUGUACAUAGCAUUUUAAUGGAUGUCGAUCACACAGCAUCCGGUUCCGAUGAACCUUGGGUUGAUCAAUUAACAAAACAUAGUGCUGUCCGCCUAAUGGAAUCUAUUAAUAAAGCUUUCGAGAUGGAAACUGUACAGCAAGGUAUUAAAGUAGAAAAUAUUGAACCUUUGGUUGCAAGGCCAGAUAUCGAAAGGAUGUCUACUCCGCCCACAGUACCUGUCAGUCCACUGCCUAAAACUCCUAGUAACUUCCAAGACAUCAAAAUAUCUGAUGGAAUCCAAAGCGAAGUUACAUACGAUAAAUCGGAAGAUAGUGAAGAAACAAUAACCAAAGUAGUACACGUUGGUGAAGAUGUUCUGACACAAAAAAUAUCUACGUCAACAGAAAAAGUUCCCAAAUUACCUAAAUCCUCCGUCGAAACUGAUGAUGACUCAGACGCCAUAGCUCUCAUGCAGACAGUAGGCAAAAUUCAAACUGAAACCGACACGGUCACUAAAAUAAUCAAAGAAGGUGAAAAUGUUGUAACGCAAACAAUAACAACGGUUACAACAAAAGAAAUAAUUUCUAGAGAAGACGGGACACCGCAGAACAUCAAAACAACAAUUGAAACAACAACACUAAGUAAGGGGCAAGACGGAUCAACAACUACAACAAAAGAUACAGAAACUCUAGUUUCGGAAUGUUCGUCAAGUCUUAGAUCUACAUCUCAGUUGGACAUGUACUCAACGGAGAGCCGAUCGGACUAUACUGAAACUACUGAAAAAUCGGAUACAUUAGGUAGUUUCCAACUGAAAUUUACUAGUGAGAAAGAACAGGAUGCAUCAAGAACUCUUGUUGGCGAAGUCGACGAGUUAGAUGACAAUAUUGAAGACACCAUAAUUGACACUGACGUCAGCAAGAGGAUUAUAAAAGAAAAUAAUAUUGAUAUAGUUGAAACGAUCACUACAAUUACCAAAAAAGAAACUGUUAGAAUUGAUGAUAGCAAAAAAAUAUUAAGGACAACAAUUGAAACCAAUGUUACAAAGGAGUACCCAGACGGUUCAAAAGAUGUCCAAAGAAACGUUGAUGUCAAAACUGAAGAAUUAAUCAUGGAUUCUACAACAAACCUCGAUAAAAUACUAACAAAUUUUACCAUCUUCGGUGAACCAGAGGAAAGUAUUACAACAAAAACGGAAGAAAUUAAACAAGAAGAUUUUAUUAUCAAACGAACAAUAGUCACUAGGAUUAUCAAAACAAAAUACGCUGAUAAAGAUGGGAUACCGCGGAAAAUAAAGACGUUUACAUCUGUUACAACCACUGACGCUUAUCCCGAUGGAUCGGCUCGCACUAAAGUAAAUUCUAAUACUACCUUGACCGAAAUCAAUGAUGAGAUAGCUUCGAAUUACGAACUACAAGGUUUUACUGUAAUUGAAGACAAAGUUGUCGAAAGAAACGUCCAAGAUAAAUAUGUAGUCAUUAAUGGUAAAAAUGUAUUACAAACGAUAACAAUAACUACAACGAAAGAGUUAUUAACAAAUAAAGAUAAAAUAAAGAAAAAGAUUAGAACCACUGUCGAAACGGUGACAGAAACACACCUUCCUAAUGGCAUGACUGAAGUCACCAGAGAUUUGAAGGUCUCAAUUUCUGAUCAUAGUCAUGAAAGCUUCGAUGAAGCAUUCGAUGGUUUCGUCCAAUCCACUGAACCUCUAAUUGAGACAUCAGUGACUGAAGAUUCUAUUGAAGAAAACGGAGAGAAAAUAAAAAGGAAAACCUACACUACAACUACUAUUAAGAAAUACGUAAAUGCGUUAAAACGUAUAGAAAGAACUCAAACAAUUGUCAAAGUUGUUACUGAAGAUGAGCAUCUUGAUGGUUCGGUCAUAACUAAGACAAGUGAAAAGAUGUCUUUGGUCGAUGAUAUCGUGGACAAAAUUCAAAAUGGCCAUCUUGAUAGGAAUGAGACGGAAGAUUCAUUCAAAAAGCCAGAACGUCAGGAUGACAAAGUACUAGGUCAACAAGCGGAAAAAGUAGAAGAUGACGGUGACCUUCUGAUCCAGGAAUCUAAAAUUGAUGCAGCUCUAAAAGAUUUAACUCCUACUGACGAACCAGAGGUGACUGAAACGACAAGCAUAGAAGAAAUCAAAGAAAAAGAUUUCAUCAUCCAUAGAGAAAUUAUCACAAGAAUAGUGAAAAUCAAAUACGCUGAUAAAUCAGGGAUGUUGAAAAAAUUGAGGACUACGACGACAGUUAAAACAACUGAUAAGUAUCCUGAUGGUAGUGCAAGAACACAAACAGAAAGUAAUACUACCCUUACAACGAUAGGCACCGGUGAGUCUGAUGAAGAUUUAGAAGGAUUUAUACCUGCAGGCGAGCCGCGGCAAAGUAUUAAAACACAAAUAAAUUCUAUGAUUGAAAACAACAUCGAAGUUUUGAGGAAAGUUACAGUUACAACGGUUGAACAUGAGUUUAUCAACAUGCAAAGAAAAAUUAAGCGACUCAAGACUAUUGUAAAAACAGAUAUAGAAGACCAACAUCCAGACGGUUCUGUAUUUUCAAAGACAAGUGAAAAGGUUUAUAUUGUAGAUGAAAAUCUGGUGUCUUUAAACGACAGUGACAUUGCUGUAUCUGAAACAGCAAACAUUGAAAAAGCUCUUGAAAAUCUGACAGCAGAAGGUAAAGUAGAAGAGACAGAAUCCACUCAGACAGAGGAAGUCAAAGAAAAUCAUGUUAUAAUCAAGAGAACUAUCGUAACUCGCAUAGCAAAGACAAAAUAUGUAGACGAUGAAGGAAUUGUUAGAAAAAUCAAAGUGGUGACGAUGAUCACAACUACGGAUCAAUAUCCAGAUGGUUUGAUUCGUACUAAUGUCGAAACCAGCACUUCAGUUAAGGAAAUUGAUGAAUCAAAGGUCGAAUUUGAUAUCCAAAAGGCGGAAAGCUCUUACCUAAAAUCAUCACCAGUAAAAGAGGAAGUGACCCCUGAAGAUGAAAAAAUAAAGAUAGCGCUCAAAGAUUUAGUACCGUUCGACGAACCUGAAGUGAUAGAGACAUCGGAAACACAAGAAAUUGUAGAGAAAGAAACAAUCAUUCGCCGACUCAUCGUCACUAAGAUAGUCAGAAUAAAAUAUGCUGAUAGCAAAGGAGUUCUAAGAAAACUUAAAGAAACCACCACGAUUACGAAAACGGAUACCUACCCUGACGGUUCCUCGCGUACUGGAGUAGAGAGCAGCACAGUACUCUCCGAUAUAAAUCACGAUGAAGUAGACAUUGUAGGGGAAAACCUAGAUGGAUUUGAAGAAGCAGGUGAACCAAAAGUACAUACAACUACUGAAAUUGAUGUAAUCACUGAGAACGGUAUCCUAAUUACACGAAAAACUACAACAACCACAAUAGUUAAAGAAUUCCAUAAUUUCACAAAUAACAUCAUGCUAACAAAAACGACUGUGAAAACUGCAAUAGCAGAUGAAUAUCCAGAUGGAUCCAUUAUAACUAAAACAAGCGAAAAAGUAUCUCUCACUGAAGAAACUCUUUAUACACAGCAGGACGAAGAAGACUCAGUCGAGAGAAAUAAAGUCGUAGCUGCUCUUCAACACCUUACUCCUGCUGACAAGCCAGAGGUGUCCGAAACGACUAGAGUAGAAGAGAUCAAAGAUGGAAAACACGUUAUAAAGAGAAAUAUAUUGACUAAAAUCGAAAAAACAAAGUAUUGUGAUAAAGAAGGUAAAAUUAUAAAACAGAAAACUGUUACAACUGUUACCACUGCUGAUCACUAUCCUGAUGGCUCGAUUCGUACAACUGUAGAUACUAGUACAUCUGUGAGUGAUAUGCAAUUAGACGAUAUGCCUCAGACACAAGCUUUGGAUGAAUUUACUAAUUUAGAAGACAAAUCAGUCAGUGUACGAACUGAUGAAAAUUUGACGGUUAGAGAUGGUAAAAAAGUAAAGCAAAUAAUAACGACAACAACUACUAAAGAAGUAUUGGCAUCGGCAGAUGAAUCUAAAAAGAAAAUUCGAACGACAACUGAAGUCAUUACUGAGACGAAACUCCCGACAGGAGUGACUGAAGUUACAAAAGAUGUCAAAGUUUCAGUCGCUGAUUAUGGCGUAGAAAUGUUUGAUGAAAAUCUUACCGGAUACACAGAAGUUGGCGAACCAAAGGAACACACAACUAUGGAAACAGAGCAUAUUAAAAGCAACGGCCUCGAUAUCAUUAGGAAAAUAGCAGUAACAACUAUUCGACAAGAAUAUGAGAAUACUUCGAUUAGAUCCCGAAAAAUAAAAACUAAUGUUAAAACGGUAGUUGAAGACGAAUACCCUGAUGGAACUGUUAUAACUAAAAAAAGCGAAAAAGUGUCUAUUGCUGACGUUUUUUUGAAAACUCCAGCUGCAGAAACUGAGGCAGAUGAUACUGAGCAUCAAGACUCCUAUAUAGAUGACAAUGAAAUCGUAGAAGAUACAACAGAGGAAUCUGACGUCAAAAAUGAAACGAUUCAACAGGGAUCUUUAAUAAUUAAACGAAUAAUAACCACGAAAACUAAACGUGAUACAUUGGCUAGUAAUGAUGUAAAUGUCAAACGCGUUAGAACUACUGUAGAAACUGUGACGGUUGAUGAAUACCCUGACGGUUCGACAGAGACCACUAAGGAUGUGAAGAUCACCAUUUCUGAAUUCCAGAAAACAUCGGGCAGCGACUUGCAGGCCGCACUACAAGGACUCAACCCUACUGGUAAAAUUAAAACAUCUGUUGAUAAGAAAACAAAUGUUAUAAUGGAAAGCGGAAUGAGAAUAACGCAGACUAUUACCACCUAUGUUACCAAAGAAGAACUAAAAAAUGAUAAUACAAAUGAAAUCGCAGUCAAAACUGUUACAGAAACUAUUACGGAGAACGCUAAAGACGAUGGUACUGUUGAAACUACUAAAGACGUUCGAACACAAAUCACAUACCUGCCUAUUGGCACCGGGCUUGACGAUUGGUCUCCAGAAGAGCUAGAGGAAAUCGAAAAGCAACCAGUGGCCCAAGAAGAAAAACCAAAAGUAGAAGAUCUCCCACUUAAACUAAAACCAGAGACCAAAGUUGAAAGCAAACAGAAAAAGCAGCGGUCACCUGUAGGCGAAAUUACCACUGAAACGGAUACAUAUACGAAAAUAGUCAAAGAAGGUGAAAAUGAAAUUACACAAACUAUAACUGUGGUGACAACCAAAGAGGUGAUCAGUCCAGAGAAAAUCAAAAUAACGGUCGAAACUACGACAGUCAGUAAGGGUAGCGACGGGGUUAUUAAAACAACCAAAUCAACUAAGACUACCAUUUCGGAAAUCAAAGAAGAAUACGAAGAGAUAAUCGACACUGGUGAAAGUGAGAAAUCUUUUUCGAAACUUUCAUCUAAGACUGGCGACAUGAGGAGUUCGUCCGCUGCAAGUGACGAUUUAGAUCACCCAGGUACGUCUUCCCCAUCAGACAUCAGUUCCAGGGGUUCAAGAGCUGCUACGCAUUUUUGGGGUACGGAAAGUAGUGGUAUUUAUUACAGUGACGACGACGGACAAGCUAGUCCCAGCAGUACUAAGUCACAGAUUGCGCAUUCUCCACGAUCAAAUCUUAGCUUCGAGUUAGAUGCUAAACAGCUUCAACAACUUGACGACAAGGAUAUGGAUACCGCAUUACAUAAAGACCCAAUGUCCUCCUCAAUUUAUGGACAACUACCAGAAGAUGAUUCCUGUGCGUCUUCGUCUCAUUCAGACGUUAAAAGUGUAGUUGAGAAAAGUGUUACGAAAAAGACAGAAGAAUUCUUGACACAGGAGAAACUUAAAUCAGAUGUUGUAGUGCUCAAGAAAUCAGAUGCUACCUUCUUGAAGGAGGCCGAUGAACACUUUGAGAAAGCUAUCGAAGAACAUAAGAAGGUGAGUGGUUCUGAUGUAAUCUCAAGUAUCACAGCCAAAUACGAACUUGACACACGGUCCCACUCAAGUUCAAGCAAAACGACAUCAAAAGAAGAAAGCAUUACGUUGAAAGACAUUAAAACCGAGACUAAAAAAUCCACUGAAACAUCUUCUAGUCACAGCAAAAAGUCUUCGACGGAAAGAUUUGAACAAAGCAGUAAAACUUUUGACAAAGAUCCGAUCGAGUCUUGGGGGAAACCUCUCGGCCUACCUAGUCCAAUUAUGCCGCCAAAUCAGCAUGACGGCAAAAGUACUCCGAAAAAGCAAAAUACCAGUUCUACAAUUUUGAACAAGAAUAAACUAAACCAAGAGAAAAGCAAAGAAGCUAAGAGAGCGUCAGAGUCUCCUAGCAAGAAGAAGACGCCAGCUCCAGUCUACAUGGAGCUAACAUACGUUCCUCAUCACGGCAACUCAUAUUACUCUGCCGUGGAAUUCUUCAAACGUGUCCGCGCACGUUAUUAUGUUUUCUCCGGAACUGAACCUUCGAAAGAAAUUUACAACGCCCUUCUUGACGCCAAAAAGACUUGGGAGGAUAAAGAUUUGGAAGUGACCAUAAUCCCCACAUAUGACACCGACGUCCUGGGCUACUGGGUGACGGAGAAUGAGGAAGCCUUGGAGAAGUACAAGAUCGACCUGUCUCCCUCUGCUUCACGCUGCACCAUAAACCUGCAAGAUCACGAGACCUCGUGCGCGGCCUAUCGCCUUGAGUUUUAGGUGCCGGGUCUAUUUGUGGCCUUCUCAUCGAAGAAGUAAUUCUCACUAAAACUCCACGACUGUUCUAGAACGGGGGUACCAAAGAGUUUUCUUUUUGUAGGGAUUUAUUCGUCUGUGAUAAUGCUGGAAGGUUCUAGAGCCGAGUCGUGGGGCGAGAACUCUUCUUCGCAUGAGGGUCCGCAAAUAGAUUGUGUUUGUGAUAACGCAAUGAACAGACUGCUAAUGAGUUUGAUAUGAAAUCUUAGUUUUAUAGAAAUUGAUGGAGUUAUACGAAGUAGUGCUGCCGUUGAUGUGUUUAGUGAUGUUGUUCCAAUUCAUGUCCUCGACCGAAUCCAGUUGAAGAGUAAAAACCGAUUUUCGACCUAAAUACAAAACGGAAACGUCCAUUUUUUUCUAAAUCACUUUUGUCAAGUAGCUUCGUUGAAUGGUAUUUUGAAAGAUUUGGUCUUAUAUUGAAACAGUAGAGCUUUUAUAUAUGAAAUAUUUAGCUUGUCCAGUCCAUUUUGUUUAGCCGGAACACCGCUUGGCGUGACGAAAAUACGAUUUAAAAAUGUAAAAAAAAAUAAUUAAUAAAAACAAUUAUUUUGCUAUCGCAUUGUGAGGUUUUGAAUAGUAUACUGUAAUUUGAAAUUAGCUGAAAACGCUGUAAAAAUAUUUCGUUUCAGAAUUUUCAUGAUGGACACGUGUUUAAUAUUAAAAUGUCGGAUAUGAACUGGCUAGCCUUGACGCACAUUUAUGUCAAGGUUCGUUCUAGUAAUAAAUAUAGGGGAAUGUCUGAAAGACAUUUUUUAGCGAAACCAGAACAUACAAGGUCAUCACUCUUAAAGGUGACAUAUUAUGAAUAUUCUAUCUAGAAUUACGGAGGCGUUAUUAUCUAAUACAGUUUCCAAACAAAGAACAGUUAAUUAACAUCUACAAUCGAAAUCAUAAAUUGACAUUUACUUUACGUGUUGAUUCGAUUCACUUUUUUCUCAUACGAAUCAAAUUCGUUCAGGAAAUGCCUGUAACUUGGAUGAGUUUGAAACGUAUGUGAGAUCUGUCGAGUUUUAUCAACGCAAGUGACGAUUGACCUUUGUGAUUGGAGACGAACUAUGAGCCUAAAUUAUAGAGAGCUUAUCCAAAUGUUUAGUAGAACUAUAUAGAAGAAUCAAUUCGUUUUGAAGUUACUUGCUUGUUACGUCUAGUAUGAAAACUAUAAAUAUAUCGAUUUAUGUUGUUGAUUUGAACAAAAAAUGUUUACUCUGUCUAAUGUUUAAUGAGAUGUCGUUGUCUCUCUGUUAUUAUGAUUGGCCAUUUGUAUUUUAUGAUCAGUUGUAUUUUUGUGUAUAAUUUUUUUUUUUCAAAUUUCUAGUCUAGUUACCCAAAUGUUGGCGACUUUGGUUCGUCAUUGUUCCUAUUUAAUUUCGACAUGUAUUUCUCAAUUGAUUUCGAUUUUUUUAAACCCCGAUAAAUAUAUCUUUAGGAAUUUAGAAAUGUUUUUUUUUUCAAUGUUUAACAUACAUGAAUGGUGCGUGAAUGUAAUCAUAAUUCACUAUAAGCCUUCCGAUUAAUUUUGAAUUGCCAAAAAUACCCCUCAAAUCUAACGUCAAUUAAUUUAUAAGCUGUAAUGUUUCAAGCGAUCGCUCGAACAUUGCUUCUUUGUAUUGCCUACCAAACUUAUUGUAGUUUCAAUAUUAUAACAUUAUCUCUUAAAAAUACACCAGCACAAUCAAAAAAAAAAAAAAAGAACAAAUUAAAUAUACACAUUAACUUCAGAUAAAUGUAUGAAUGGGAUUUUAUUUUAUAGUAAAUUAUAUAUAUAUUUAAUAUUUAUGUCAUAUAGGUUUGAUUGAUGUGAGCACAAUAUUUAUGUUUCAUAAUGUUAUGUGUUUAAAUGCUUCUCGCUAUCGGGAGGAGACUACAGGGAAGUGAAAUACCUAAUGAGACGGAAUCUGAGCCGAUGUCGGAACUAAACAACUUGGCUAUGCCGACACUACGCUUUGCUUAAAGCUGUGAUAUCCAAUCACCGGCUACGCAAGCAAGAUUAUUGACCUUGAAUUUAAAUUAUGGCAUAUUUCGGGCAUCGGCAAGGACAGGCUUUGUUAUGAUUUGAAAGAUGGCUUCUUUUCUUCCGGGUCGCAUCGCCCGAUUUUACAUUAUUGUACUUUAUAGCUAGAACUCUAAAUAAUGCAUAAUAUUAGGAGUUUAAACGUGUUACUAUUAUCUAAGAAUUGUAUCAGCUUAGUGAACAUCAAUAGCUCUAUGAGAAUCAAAAUUAUUAAAUAAAUAAUCAUUAUUGAAA